AUGCUUUUCGACGCCCCUACUGCCUUUGGCCUUGUUGGUCUCUUUGCCGGCACCGUCCAGGCUCAGUAUCAACUCGACACCUUCUACAACUCUGAGAACUUCUUCAAUGAGUUCUCCUUCUUCAACGAGCCCGACCCGACACACGGAUUCGUCGAGUACGUUAACCAGGCCUCGGCCUUCAACCUGGGUCUCGCCCGCAACGACAAUGGCAAGAUCCACAUGGCGGCGGAUGCCCUCGAGGUCAACCCUGCCAACGGACGCAAGUCUGUCCGCUUGACUUCAAACAAGGUCUUCACCCACGGCCUCGUCAUCAGCGAUAUUGAGCACAUGCCUGGCUCAGAGUGUGGUGUUUGGCCGGCGCAUUGGCUCUUUGGAGACCCGUGGCCGUAUGCCGGCGAAAUCGACAUCAUCGAGGGCGUCAACGACCAGUCCGCCACGGCGGUCACACUGCACACUGGUCCCGGCUGCACCAUCCGCAACGAGGGCUCUGAUCCCACGACCCUGUUGAAGGAGGCCGACUGCAACGCGGGCAACGCCAACACGGGCUGUGGCCAGCAGACAUCCAACUACCUCAACUACGGCACGGGCUUCAACCAGAUCGGGGGCGGCGUCUACGCCAUGGAGUGGACGUCUGAUUUUAUUGCCGUCUACUUCUUCCCUCGCGACCUGAUUCCUGCCGACAUCACCAGCGGCCACCCCGAUCCAUCGACAUGGGGUCUUCCCACUGCCAAGUUUGUGGGAAGCCCUGGCUGUGACAUGGAUGGCUUCUUCCGCGACAACAGAAUCAUCUUCAACACGACUUUCUGCGGUGACUGGGCGGGCAGCCCCGACGUCUGGAACAACAACCCCGUCUGCAGCGCCAAGGCACCCACCUGCAAUGACUUUGUCGCCAACAACCCCCAGGAGUACGAGGAGGCGUACUGGACGGUCAACUCGGUGUCCGUCUACAAGAACAACGGCACCCCCACGACCCCUACCCCCACACAGACUCAGACCUUCCAGGCCUAA